AUGGAGCAUUACGAGGUUCUUGAGCAGAUUGGGAGAGGGUCCUUUGGGUCUGCUCUUCUUGUGAGGCAUAAGCAUGAGAAGAAACUGUAUGUUUUGAAGAAAAUUCGGUUGGCUCGACAGAGUGGUAGAACAAGAAGAUCUGCUCACCAAGAGAUGGAACUAAUCUCAAAGAUACGAAAUCCAUUUAUCGUGGAAUACAAAGAUUCUUGGGUUGAAAAAGGAUGCUAUGUGUGCAUUGUUAUAGGCUAUUGCAAAAGCGGUGAUAUGGCAGAAGCAAUAAAGAAAGCUAACGGCGUAGGAUUCUCGGAAGAGAAACUCUGCAAGUGGCUUGUACAACUGUUGAUGGCUCUUGAAUACCUGCACGCCAAUCACAUUCUCCAUCGCGAUGUCAAGUGUUCAAACAUAUUCUUGACAAAGGAUCAUGAUAUACGUCUAGGUGAUUUUGGACUUGCCAAGGUCUUGACAUCAGAUGACCUUGCUUCUUCAGUGGUCGGAACGCCAAGCUAUAUGUGCCCUGAGCUUCUUGCUGAUAUUCCCUACGGAUCAAAGUCUGAUAUUUGGUCGUUGGGAUGUUGUAUAUAUGAGAUGACGUCUCUGAAACCGGCAUUCAAAGCCUUUGAUAUGCAAGGACUGAUCAACAGGAUAAACAGAUCGAUCGUUGCUCCACUUCCUGUGCGAUAUUCUACUGGCUUUCGAGGUCUGGUUAAAAGCAUGCUCAGGAAGAAUCCAGAACUCAGACCAAGCGCUUCUGAUCUUCUCAGACACCCGCUGCUUCAGCCUUACGUCCAAAAGGUUCUUCUCAAGCUGAGCUACCGGGGACACGAUACAUUGCCAGAAUCUGAACCCGCAAGAAGAAGCAGCUAUCCUGAGCAGAGAAGGCGUUCUUCUGGCAAAUGCAUAAGCUUUGGUCCAAGCAAGUUCAUGGUUGAUCAGGAAGAUUCUGUGUCUUCUGUUAAACCAGUGCACACGUAUUUGCACCGUCGCAUGCCAGUGGAUUUGUCUGCUAAUGACAAUGGUAGAGUAACUGUUCGUAGAUCCGCUGUUUCAAAAGGGGUUUCUUACAGUUCAAAGUAUGUGCCAGGGAGAUCAAGCCUGCCUAAGAGUGGUGGUCUGAAACAAGCUGCAACGAUUCGUAGGGCGUCCUUGCCUGUCUCACAUAAACCUGCAAAAGGAACAAGAGACUCUCUGUACACCCCAAACAUAGGUAUACUCCAUCAGCUAAACUCACCAGAUGUGUCUGUAAACUCUCCAAGAAUCGACACCAUCAAGUUCCCACUAGCUUCAUAUGAAGAAAUGCCUUUCACUCCCGUUGUGCGUAAGAAGAAUAAAGGCUCCUCCAGAGGAUCAUACAGCCCGCCUCCAGAGCAACCUCUAGACUGUUCAAUCACAAAAGACAAGUUCACGCUUGAACCAGAUCGAGAAACCAAGAGCGAUUUGUCUGAUCAGAAUGCAACUGCUGGAGCAUCAAGCAGAGAUUCUUCAGGUGCAUCAAGAAGACAAAGGUUUGACCCUAGCUCAUAUAGACAACGUGCUGAGGCACUUGAGGGACUGCUUGAAUUCAGCGCAAGAUUGCUUCUAGACGAGAGGUAUGAUGAGCUGAAUGUGUUACUGAAACCGUUUGGUCCAGGAAAGGUGUCGCCUAGAGAAACUGCGAUAUGGUUGUCUAAGAGCUACAAGGAAGCUAGUUCUAGUAAGCAGUAAAGGUUAAGAUCCAGAGUGUAGCAAGCAGGAAGGUUUAGAAAAAAAAACAGGGUUCUAAGUCUUUUUUUAUUUGAAACUUGUUGAGGGCAUUAAUGCUUCUUCUUCCACGAUUUGGUAGAAAUUGUUUGACUCUUAGGCUGUGUUCUUUGAAUCUAACCCUUGUAGCUGAUGAUAUAUCCAAGAAAGACUGAUAUUAAAAACAUACAACUUUCUCUUA